UGUGAAUGUCAUAUAUAAUGUCAGAUAACACUGAUUUAGGCCUACAUAAUUUACCAGUAUGUGUAGACCUGCUUCUAAACGCUUUUACUUGAAUGUGUUUCUUCCCAUUGAUAUAUUGUAUUUCAUUUUAAAAGACUACGUAGCAAUACCAACCGUAAUGGGAGUAGUCCAUUUGAUACUUUAAAAGCUUGUUUGGCCAAAGAUAAAGCAUUCCGAUGCAAGCAAAAACGUGAAUUUUAAUUAUGGGCGUUUGUCGAAACUGCCCGGUAAUUUUGAUUUGAUUGCUCGUAUUAUGCGAAAUAUAAUAGUUCGGAGAAAACCCUUUUGUGGCCGAUUAUGGUUUUGCACUUAGAUUGAUUGAGGAUAUUUGUCACUUCGUCAGCUCACGGGCAGUAAAACCUCAGAAGCCAUUAUUGGGAAUUUAUCGGGUCGUAGUUGAUCCAUUAGCAGCUUCUAACCCUAACCGGGACCCUCAUCAAGCUACAUUUAACUCUAAUCUCUUCAAAGGGAAUUCUCGCCUUCAUUGUGUCAACACCCCGGGGCACACUUCACCCAAUCCGGUGAAGCGGGGUAUAAAUCCCUAGUCACUAGAGCCUGCGACACUCAGAAACCCUCACAGGAGCUAGGAGGAAUUCUAGGGAGCGGGAAUGGAUACUGCGCAAUUUAGCUGGUCAGCCUACUUGUCGCCGGCGCACCGGCCGUACGGCGCGGUGAACAGCAAAGCCCAGGGGACGAGCGGGGUCAGGAAAAGCUCAUUCAGCAUCGAGGCGAUCCUCUCCCGGCGAAGUCCGGAUCCCACCCAGCAGAGCAUGGGGUCGCAGUGGGCGCCCGUGCACACAGCAGCGACCGCCUUGCCGAUGUGGCCUCCAGCUGGUUACUCCACCACUAACACGCCUUAUCCGCAUUUUUACACGAGUUACCAUCCGCAGGACGAGAACAUCGACGUGCAUUAUAACAACGGAUACACUGCUUCCUGUGGGAAAUUAAUAUCUAGGAGGAAUUACGUGCGGAGGACGUGUAGGCGGAUCCGCACCAUCUUUACGGACGAGCAGCUGAAGAAGCUGGAAGAAGUUUUCAGCAAGCAGCGCUACAUGACAGGGACGGAGAAGGUGCUGCUGGCGUCUGCGCUGCAGCUCUCCGAGACGCAGGUCAAAGUGUGGUUCCAAAACCGGAGGACGAGGUGGAGAAAGACCCAGGAGGACGACGACAAGACCGCCGGCUCCCCGGAGACCAGCGACACCAAACUGGGCGCAUCUAAACGAGACAGCGGCUCCUGGUCUCCGUAACGAAAAUUCAGAGAUAAGAUGCCGUAAUGCUAUGCGCGGUUUUACGAGUACCUGAGUAUUCUUGUUAAGCAAGAAAGUUGUUAUACUAUAAACCAGCUAAUUUGAUGUAAAUCCACUAUGUGGAGCGACACAAGUAUGUUUCCUUCUUCAAUAAAAUGCUUCUCUAAUAAGUC